CCUUUGUAAAGCUGUAUAAGGAGGAGAGGGGGAGGAGAGGUGGAGAGAAGGAGGUGGUAGUGUUGGUGGCGACUGAGGGGGGAUGCAGCCGCUUUUCACCUGAAGACAUAGAAGAAGGAAGACUGGAGAGAGUGAGAGGCGCUGUACUGCAUCUUGCACAUUGGAGUACAGACAUUAUCUGAGGGUUGGUUCUUCACAGUAUGGUCCAUAUUGGAUCUCUGCGCGCAGAGGAUAAAAAAUAGUCAGAGUUUGCAGAGGGAGGAGAAUCAGCGGCAAGACAAAGAUGGAAAAAUCCAUGGAACAGAGGUAGAGUGACAAGGAAAAAUAGGCGGAUACAUGAAGAAAAAUGAAAGCUGGGCUUCUGACUACCGCAUUACCAACCUGUGACGAGAUGAUCUGCAGGUGCCGACUGCAAUGAAGGGUCUGGGGGAUACCCGUGGCCGGCACCUGUCCGGAAACCUAGACUCACAUACAGAUUCCCUGUAUGUUCCACAAGAGCGGACCCCUUACCUAAUCAGUUCCACAGAGGCCUACCCACCAGAACCUCGAUACCCUGACAACUCUCUGCAUCCUGAUUGCCUGUACCCGCUCAAUAACCAACUCUCAAACAGUAGCACCUUUCCUCGCAUCCACUUUAAUUCUCACUAUGAAGCUCCUGAGGAGACUCCACCAUAUUCUACCCCUCAUGCACCCCCUGCCAAAAUCAACCGCCUUCCUGCCAGUCUCCUGGACCAGUUUGAAAAGCAGCUGCCCAUUCAUAGAGAUGGUUUCAGCACUCUUCAGUUUCAGAGGGGAGCACCAGAGGGAAAGGACCGUAGUGAAAGUCCUGGGCGCAUCCGACAUCUUGUCCACUCUGUGCAAAAACUCUUUGCAAAGUCCCAGUCCCUUGAGGGAGGUGGAAGGGCCAGCGUCAAUGGCAAGAAAGGAUCAUCAGAGGACACUAAAGGAACAAAACGAAGUAAGAGCAAAGAGCGUGGAAAGGGAGAUGGCAAGGGCCAAGCACGGAGUGGAGGAGUUUCUGGAUGGUGGAGUUCAGAUGACAAUUUAGAUAGUGACACAGGCAGUUACCGUAACCCAGCAGGCAUGAUGACUCUUGGGAGGCGUCCUGAGCAUGGAAAUCGAAAUUUUUUGAGCGGAUAUAAUACUAUCAGUGAGAGCAUGUUGAAGGCAUCCAAAAGCAAUAAUGACCUCAAGUUCACGCCCUUCCAGCCCCCAGCCCUUACUUUAUCACCUUUACCUGCACCGCACGAGGUGACCCCUGUUAGCUCUACAUCCUCACUAAAAAGAGGGUCUUGGUCAACACUGACACUUAGUCAUGCCCGAGAGGUGUGUCAGAAGGCAUCAGCCACCAUAGACAAAGCACUGGUCAAGUCCAAGUCUUGUCACCAGGACCUCAGCUACCAGUAUCUUCAGGUGCCAAGUGGAGAGUGGACCGGAGCCCCAUGUAAGGACGAUGACAUCCCAUGCAGACGAAUGCGCAGUGGAAGCUACAUUAAAGCUAUGGGUGAUGCAGACAGUGAGGACUCAGAAGGGAGCCCCCAACCUUCCCCCAAAACUGCAGCUAGGAGGCAGAGCUACCUCAAGGCCACACAACAGUCAUUAGGCGAGCAGAGCAUCACACAGAGGAGUCUGGACCGUGUGGACUCCAUGGACAUUCUGUCCCCUCCAAAGUUUCCGAGCUGGGAUGAGGAUUACAAUCAGCUGACUGAGAGUGUCACAGAGGAGAGCAGCCUGUGCCAGGAUCCUGAACCACGCUGCCUUCUACAGUACCAAACACAAGAAAUAGAAGAACAGAGGGAAAGAUACCAGCUAUGCCAAGUGGCAGAGGAGCAGAGGGAUCGGUACCCAUUGUGUCAGGUUCCAGAAGAGCCAAUAGAAAGAUACACUAUAUGCCAAGUUCCUGAGGAACGGGAAAGAUUCCAGCUAUGUCAAGUAGAAGAAGAAGAAGAGAGAGAACGAUAUUCACUGUGUCAGGUGACUGAGGAACAGAGGGAGCGAUACCCUUUGUGUCAGUUGCCUGAAGAGCAGAGGGAGCGCUACCCCCUGCCUCAAGUCCCCGAGGAGGAAAGUGUACGGUACCCAAUGGCAGUAGAAGAAAAGAGAGAUCGUUAUCCCUUGGUUCAGGCUGUGUUUGGAAAUCCUGAACCAUCCCAAACUGAAGCUUUUGACCUCCAUCUGCCCAAUUACUUCCGCUCACGCAGCCACAGCUACCUCCGUGCCAUUCAGGCUGGCUGCUCCCAAGAUGAUGACACUACAUCCCUGCAGUCCAUGUCUCCCCCUUUACCAAUCACCAGCCGGACACUACCCAGACACAUCGGUUCCUCUUGUCUGGUGGGUUACAAGAAGACCCCCCCACCAGUUCCCCCUCGCACCACCUCCAAACCCUUUAUAUCUGUGACUGUACAAAGUAGUACUGAAUCUGCCCAGGACUCUUAUCUGGAUGCACAGGAAGGGCAGAGUGAAGGCAACAGCCAAUCUGGGCUCAGCACCUCCACUGAGAGCCUUGAAAGUACCAGGGCACCCAGUGUGACCCGUGUUUGCCCCCCAACUCCCAUCAGGCAAGUCCCUCCUGAGGUGCCCCCCAAACAUGCAGCCGUAAAAAUCAAAGAAGAGCCGCGUGCCCCAGAACCCCUCCCAAAACGCAAACUAUCUUCCAUUGGAAUUCAGGUGGAUAGUAUACAACCAGUGCCUAUCCCUGAGCCACCCCCUCCUGCCAAAUUCCAGUCUGUUGGGAUCCAGGUGGAAGAAGAGUGGAGAAAUAGCCGCUCCAGCAGCAUGACCUCUAAGCAAGAAACAGACUCUGAUACACAAGAGCCCAGCAAUUCAUCUGACAAAAGUGUGCCCGACUGCCCUCCACCUCGCCAACCCACACCAGGCCCUCCGGUACCCCUCCCCAAAAAGCACCUCUCCUAUGGAGAUGGUGGGGAAAUGGAGGCCUCAGCCCUUCCUCCUCCUGACCCCUGGCUGGACUCUGCAGCUUCUCCCCCUUCUUCAGAGCCAGCUCAGACUGGGGCAUGCCGCAGGGACGGACACUGGUUCUUGAAGUUGUUGCAAGCUGAGACAGAAAGACUAGAGGGCUGGUGCAAGCAGAUGCAGAGAGAAACGGGCGAUAACAACUUGUGUGAAGAAGUGAUUGGGAAGCUUCUCAGUGCGGUUGGCAGUGCUCAGCUUCUGAUGUCACAGAAAUUCCAGCAGUUCCGCGGCUUGUGUGAGCAAAAUCUGAAUCCAAACUCAAACCCACGCCCGUCAGCACAGGACCUCGCCGGAUUCUGGGACCUGUUGCAGCUUUCCAUAGAAGAUAUUAGCAUGAAAUUUGAUGAACUCUUCCAGCUCAAGGCCAAUGGUUGGGUGUUGAGCGACACCCCUGAUAGAAACGAGAUAAAGAGGCCCCCGCCACCUGUGCCAAAGAAGCCAGCUCGGCCCAAGCCCCCCUUAAGCCGUGACAAGACACCAGGCACCUCCAACAGUGACAAACAGCGUCAGGAAGCUCGCAAAAGGCUCAUGGCAGCCAAACGCGCAGCCUCGGUGCGCCAGAAUUCUGCUACAGAGAGUGCGGACAGCAUCGAGAUAUAUGUGCCAGAGGCACAGACACGACUCUGAGUACUGGAGCCUCUGGUGUGCAAAUCAUGGGGGAUGCAGGGUUUGGCGAAUAUAAACUUACUGGCAGACUCAAGUGGGAGACACAGGGAGAAGGCACAAGAGCACGCUCAUUCUAGGCUGCUAAUCCUGGUAAACACCUGGUGCUGCCAGGAGGGCUCCACAAGUGGUGUGUCAGGACUUUUCAACUAAUUAUCUUAAAAUUAAGGGGCUUUUCAUGUCUGUGUGGGGAAGAGACCCAAAGUGGAAGGUUUUCCGGAAGGGGUAUUCCUUUUAUGCAGCCCCUCUCCUGACGUGGGCCGAGGCAAUAAGGCAACUCAAAAUCUCACAAUUGCACAAAGACUGCACCCUCGUUUUGGAUGGUAUGCCAUCUUUGUAUCACCCCCCUUGUCUGUAUAAGUAGCACCUAUUGCAAUAAGGAAUAAACUCCAUCCCCUAGCAUCCCUCUUCCUCCUGAGCAGGAGCAUGCAGAUUUGUAUGGUGCCGGUCAACACUCCGCAACUACAGCCCCAAAUUUCACGUGUUGAAAUAGAACAGCGGCUUGCAAUGCAUCGUUCCACAUGUUAGACAAACACAUUGCUCUGCAACAUAUGUAAAUGCAGUGUUGUGCUCCAAGCAGAGGGCACUCGUGAACAGCUCUGCACAAUCAAUUCCAGGCUCUGCACUGCAAUGUAUUGCUGACCUCACUAGCAGCUGAUCCAAGUUUUCAUUAAAUUUCUGAACUCAAUCUAGACCCUAUUUUUGGAAUGGAGGGAAUGAAAGCUGUAGUCUGCCAGGUGGGCCAGCAACGUUAUAACAAAUAAAGCACACUGUACUAUAUAAUGAUUACCAAGCCUAUACACUAGUAGUGAACCCCUUCAGCUGUGUGAUGAUGCAAGGUAUCUCCAUACAUGGGUUGUUUGGCACUUUUAUCAUGAUGCGGAGUAUCUCUAUACAUUAACAUUGAACAUGUUGCGCUGUAUAACGAUGAUGAAUAUCUGUUCACCAAUAAUAUGCAACCUCGAAUGAUGAUGUGGAUUUUCUAUACACGACUGAACAGACUUCUGUAUAAACCUACUAGGUAUCCCUAUACUCUGCUAAUGCAUACAUGUAUAGUGGUGCCAAGUGACUGAAUACCAAUAACACUCCUGUAUGGUGAUGCUGAGUAUCCAUGUAAUGUUAGUGGGAAAGUCACACUGUAUAAUGUUGAUGAGUAUCAUACGCCUAUGGUAUAAUGAGCACCCUCCCACCGCCCACUUCUUUGAGGACUUCACUAAUGAUUGUAGGUUUCUUCCCCACGUGACAACGGACAGGAAUGAACUUCACGGUUGUAGACGUGAAAACAGGAUUUUUAGGACAAAAAUAAAUUUAAAUAAAAAAACAUGUUUUGGAAUUUUGGAAAAAAAUAUCUAUUCCUAGGGAUGCACCCAAUAAAGAGCAAUAGAGCCUGA